ACCGCCUUCCUCCUCUGCCCCACCUCCCUCCACGUCCCCGUCCUCUACUUCUCGCUCCUCUCCAUCGGCGUAACCGUUUCCCCGGCCAAUCCCCUCGCGUCGGACUCCGAAAUCGCCCACCAGAUCCGAAUUACCCGACCCGCAAUCGCCUUCGCCACGUCGGCCACCGCAGGAAAGCUCCCGCCUAAUCUGAAAACAAUAGUAAUCGACUCGCCGGAGUUUCACUCGGUGCUUGAAAACGACGACGACGAAGGAAACGAAAACCACGACGUUUCGUGGUCGGAGGUGCGCCAAUCCGACGUGGCGUCGAUUAUGUUCUCCUCCGGCACGACGGGGAGAGUGAAGGGCGUGGCACUGACCCACCGGAACCUGAUCGCGAUGAUCGGCGGCUACCACGCGCUGCGGCUGAAGCCGGCUGAGCCGGGGCUCCCGCAUCCGGUGAGCAUGGUUUUUAUCCCGCUGUUCCACAUGUUCGGGUUUUUAAUGGCGGCGAGGGCGGUGUCGAUGGGGGAGACGAUGGUGCUGAUGGAAAGGUUCGAUUUUGAGGGGGUGCUGAGGGCGGUGGAGAGGUACAGGGUGACGUACAUGCCGGUGUCUCCGCCGCUCGUGGUGGCGCUCACCAAGUCCGAGGUUGUCGGGAAGUACGACCUCAGCUCGCUGCAGCGGCUCGGCUGCGGCGCCGCGCCGCUCGGGAACGAGGUGAUCGAGAGGUUCCGUCAGAAGUUUCCCGCUAUCGGGAUUACGCAGGGAUAUGCAUUGACGGAAACGGCAGGAGUGGGGAGCAGGAUGGUGGAGGAUGCGGAGACACGAAGGAUUGCUUCGGUGGGUAAAUUAGCUGAGAACAUGGAGGCCAAGAUUGUUGAUCCUGCUACGGGUGAAGCGUUGCCUCCAGGUCAGAAAGGGGAGCUUUUGCUGCGAGGCCCAACAAUCAUGAAAGGUUAUGUUGGCGAUGAAAAGGCAACAGCCGAGACCUUUGACCCCGAGGGAUGGCUAAAGACUGGUGAUCUUUGUCUAUUUGACUCCGAGGGGUUUCUCUACAUUCUCGACAGAUUGAAAGAAUUGAUCAAAUACAAGGCUUAUCAGGUUCCACCUGCUGAGUUGGAACAUUUACUUCAGUCUCACCCUGACAUUGUUGAUGCUGCUGUAAUUCCGUACCCCGAUGAAGAAGCAGGCCAGAUUCCCAUGGCCUAUGUUGUGAGAAGACCUGGAAGCAAUAUCAGUGAAGCUCAAGUUAUUGAUUUUGUAGCGAAAAAGGUUUCUCCUUACAAGAAGGUAAGGCGAGUAGCGUUUAUCAACUCCAUUGCAAAAUCUCCGGCGGGGAAGAUCUUGAGGAGGGAGCUGAUUAGUCAUGCUUUGUCUAGUGGUAGAGCUAAGUUAUGAUCAAUUUUUCGUUCACAAGUUAAGAAGGGCAACCUUGUUGAGAACUGCAUUGCCUGCAUUUGAGCAUGGCCAACGUCAACUUCAUCGUAUCGGCGUUUUAGGCAAUGGCAAUGCUCAGGAAGUUUUGGUUGGAAAGUUACUGAUCGGAAUUUCAGCAAAUGCUUAAGGCAAGUUUCCGAAGAAGAUCAUGCUUGUAAUACAUCUAUGUCAUUCUUUUUGUACUCGCUAUUAUUCUUAAGUUAAAAAUACUCCAAGGCCCUUUCUUGUUUUC